AUGCAGCACUUCGAGCGACCCGGGAAUAAGCGUCCGCCUUUUUUCCUCAUGCUCUUCACCAUCAUCAUCAUCAUCAUCGUGGUUUACAGAAUCCUGUCGGAGACAGAUGCUAGCGCCCUCCCGCGGAGGGGGGGUGGGGGGGUCCUGGUUCUUCAGGGGCAGAAGGUGUGUUUGUUCUGGCCGUGCUCGGGGCCGGCUGGUGGGGGGAGACUGACGCGUGCGUCAUGGCAACCGUCCUCUCAUCCUCCAACAUGGCACCGUUGUGUAACCGUCCUCCCCCUCUCUCUCCCCCCUGCAGGUGUGGAGGCGCAGCGGGUGAGGGUGGAGGAGGAGCUGGAGGCGUACCCCACCGAGGAGGUGGACCUCCGCUGUCAGUUUGUGAACGCAGGCGGCCACACCAAACUCACCCAGGUGUCGUGGAUCUGGGAGCCGGUGGAGGGCCAGAGGGACAACAUCGCCGUGUUCCACCCCACCUACGGCGAGAGCUUCCCCAACCCGUCCUUCGAGAACCGCGUGGCCUUCAUCCUGGGAACCCUGGACAACCCGUCCAUCCGCAUCUCGGACCUGCGCAUGGCCGACGCCGGCCGCUACACCUGCGAGUACGCCACCUACCCCUCGGGCAACGAGCAAGGCACCACCACCCUCGUCAUGCUGGCCAAGCCCCGUAACUCGGUGCGUGCGGUGACGGUGGAGGCGGGCUCGGAGGCGGUGGCGGUGGCGGUCUGCGAGGCGGCCGACGGGAAGCCCGCCGGCUCCAUCCAGUGGCUGGGCGGGGGUCCGGAGGAGGGCGCCCCCGAGGGGCCCCGCACCAACGCCUCGCUGCCCGGGGCCGAGGGCACCACCACGGUGCUCAGCGAGUACUGGCUGGUUCCCAAGGCGACGGACCACGGCCGCCAGCUCACCUGCAGGGUGGCGCAGCGGACGCAGACGGAGACCUGGGUGGGAGUGGUCACGCUGUCCGUGGAGUACCCCCCCACCGUGUCUAUCGAGGGCUACGACGCUAACUGGUACAUGGGCCGCUCCAACGCAGUGCUCACCUGCCUUGUCACCGGGAACCCCGCCCCCACCAUCGUCACCUGGAGGACGACGUCCGGCCGGCUGCCAGACUCGGCGGUGCUGAGCGGGAACCGGCUGACGGUGGGGAAGGUGGACGAGGCGGCCAACACCACCUUCGUGUGCGAGGCCCGCAACAAGCUGGGGGGGGACAGCGGCCAGAUCACCGCCUCCGUCCUCGGUGAGUCCGCCGCCCGGCGUAGGGAUACGACCGGGAACUAGUUCCUCUGGCCUCACAGCCGACGGAGGCACGGGAAACGGCGUUUCUGUGUGUGCGAGGAUGUAUUUUGAUGCGCACACACAUGUGAACCUCUGCGUGACGACGCGCACACCUACACCCACCUACACACUCUCAUGAACAGACACACACACUUCCACACGCAUAUACACACGCUUAUAGACAGACACACACACACACUUAUA